ACUCAGUUGAUAAAGUGUUGCCCACAUAAAAAAAAUUUCAAUUGCUAAAGUUUGCACAAAUCAAAAAUUGAAUUCUAAAUGUAAUUUACUUUGCAUAACAUUAUUUGGCGCAACAACUUGUGUGUGUCUGUUGUUUAUCGAUUUGAAAGCAACAAAAAUAACAACAACAACAUUUUUGCUAACACCCUGUAUGAGAAAAGUUACAGCUGCACGCACAAGAUAUGCGAAAUUAAUUUGUUUUAAAGCAAGCAAAUUGAAUCAAAAAACAGCAAAUAAUAGAAAAUGGAUGCCAGUGCACAGGAGGCAAACUAUGAGCCGCUAGAGGGGCGCAGAGCAAGAGCCGGUGGCAGUGGCACGCGGCGUGGCUCAAAUCUGGAUAGCCCCGAGUUCGAUACACGUGCACCCAAGGAUCAGCGCCAUGCCGUCUACUUGGCGCUGCUGGCUGCAGGCAUUGGCUUUGUUUUGCCCUACAAUAGCUUCAUCAUUGCCGCUGACUAUUGGCAGGGCCGCUUUCCCGGCCGUCCUGUUGCUCUGGACAUGUCCAUGACCUAUAUAUUUGUGGCCUUUGUUACGGUGCUGUUUAACAACAUUGUGCUCUCGAUAGCGCCGUUUCAGACCCGCGUGCUCUUUGGCUAUAUGAUCUCCUUUACUACGCUCAUCUUUGUGGCUGUCUGCGAGGUGGCUUGGCAUAUGUUUGCCACAAACACAGCCUAUGUGGUCAAUAUGUCGGCGGUGGCAUUGACGGCCAUUGGUUGCACGGUGCAGCAGUCGAGCUUCUAUGGCUUUGCCUCAAUGCUGCCCAAGCAAUAUACACAAGCGGUAAUGGCGGGCGAGAGUAUUGCCGGAUUCCUGGUGUCUUCCAAUCGCGUGGUAACCAAGCUGCUCAUCAACAAUGAUCGCGUCUCCACGGUUAUAUUCUUUCUCACCUCGACGCUGUACAUAUUGUUCAGCUACUUGCUGCAUGUGGCGACUAUCAACUCACCCUUUGUGCGCUUUCACGUGGAGGCGUGCUCCAAGAUUGUGCUGCGACCGGACGAGCAACAAAUAGACGGAGCUAGCAGCAGUGCCAAGUACGGCGUACUCUCCAUGGAUGGCACCACCACUUCGGCUACAGUUGGCGCAUUGCAUAGCAAUACCAACGCCAGCAAUACGCUGAGCUUUAGCAAUCCCGUCUACGAGCUGUCCAAUCCCACAGCCGGCGAGAGCAUUAUUGAGGGUCUGGGACAACUGCCCGACUUGCCAUCGACUCCACACGAGCCAACCACGCCCACAACUGUCGCCUUCAAGGUGGAGCAUGUUAUUACGCCACGUCGCUGUCGUCCCAGCAAACUGAGCGAUAUACGCGAAGGCUUCGUAACUCGCUGGCGAGUAGCGCAGGUCAUCUAUCCAUACAUGGUCUGCAUUGCCUUGGCCUAUUGUGUCACCCUCUCGCUUUAUCCGGGCAUUGAGGUGGAGAUCAAUUCGUGCAAUCUGCGCAGCUGGAUGCCCGUUCUCCUCAUGUUCUGCUUCAACACCUCAGAUGUGGUUGGCAAAAUACUGGCCGCCAGUCCAUAUCCUUGGUCACGUCGCCAGCUGAUAAUGAUGUCUGGUUUGCGCAUUGUGCUGGUGCCCAUGCUGCUGCUUUGCUGUGCACCACGUCAUCGGCCAGUAAUCUCUGGCGAAGCAGCGCCCUUUCUCUUUACUAUAGCGCUGGGCGUUAGCAACGGUCUGGCGGGCAGUUUGCCCAUGAUGCUGGCGCCUGCUAAAGUGCCGGGUACGCUCAAAGAGGUCACGGGCAAUAUUAUGACGUUGUCGUAUAAUAUUGGACUCACAGCUGGCUCACUCAUUGGCUACGUGUUUGAGAGCAUGCUGGGACCGCAGCUGGAUAAUCCAUGCCCAGCUUUGUAUCCCUAUGCGCCCAUCUCCUUUCACGAUCACUUUCACGGACAUUUGCCGCCGCCACUGCUGCCCACCGCAGCGAGCAGCACCACAAUGUUGCCGCAUCUGCUGCUCAAUACGACAAUGGGCAGUUUCAGUAGCAGUACGGAGAGCAGUUCCACCAGCUCAACGAUGCCCACACUUGCAACUGUCAUUACGACAACGGCUCUGGCGCUUUUUACGAGCACCAGCCCGGAGCUGAUGAAUGCCACAGUGACCACAAUGCUGUCGUCGGCGGUGUCCUCUUCAGUGGGGGAUAUGAGUGGUGAGCUGGGUGGCAGUACAACAGAUCCGCAGACACCGGAAGCGCUAAUGCAGGAUAUUUAAAUGAAUUGUAGGACUGACCUAUGGCAGGUGGAGAGACAGCAGCUAAAAAGUAAUUGUAUUGAUGCAAAAGUAUCUUUUUGACAAUUUGAGACAAUUUCCACUCUCAUUCUCUAUCUAUCUAUCUCUCUCUCUCUCUCUCCCUCCCUCUCUAUCGCUCUAUGGCUAACUAUUAACUUGCUGUGCUAAGUUGCACAAUAAAUAUCUAUAUAUAUGUAUGUAAGAUCUAAUUACUUACUUAAUACUCAAUCCCAAGUCAAGCAUAUAUUUCACUUAAGUGCUAUGGUAUUCCAAGUUCAAAUCUGUUGAUUUAGCAUUAUAUAUGUACUAUAAAUAAAAGCAUGUCUAAGUACUGAUAAGUAAUUAAUGUAGUCUGUUUAAAAACAAGAACAGUUGCAAUAUUGCUGUGCAUAAUAUUGUUGGCAAGUAAAUAGAGCAAGGCUAUUUUUAUAAAAAAUUGCUAGUCAUAA